CCGUGUAUAAGUAGCCACGAGCUGCUUGCGUCGGGGAACUAAACCCAUUUACCGUAACCCGUUUGGCUCUCAGCCACUUGCUAGUCGAGAUGAAGACCCUUUGUGUCACAUGCAUGCUGCUUGCCACGCUGCCGGGGAUGAUAACCCUCCUUUCCGUGAAAACUCCGACUGAACUCACCGUCAUCACGGGCAGUGACUUGGAAAUUCCGUGUCAGUGGAAUGUCCCUCAAGGAGACGGAAAGUCAAGUGACAGUGACGUCAUUCUGCAGUGGUUCAUUGAAACGGACAAAGGCGAGAGGCGGCGGGUGUUCUACAAGAAAGGCCGCCUGCAGGUGCGAGAGAAGCCGGAGGGGUACGCGCGAGAGAUGCUCGUGGGGGAAGACUUCACGAUGCUCCUGAAGAACGUCACGCGGCAGGACAGCAGGGGCUACAUCUGCCAGGUGACGGCGGGAGCCGGUGGCACCGAGGACAGCACCGCGCGCGUCACGGUGCGAGACGUGGUCCCUCCAGAGACUGAAUUUCCCGACAAGUCUGUCGUUAUAACACAAGAAACUUAUGCGGAGGUCGGUGUGUGCAUCGCGAGGAAUGGAUAUCCACAGCCCAAGAUCACGUGGCACAGAGGCAAUGAGUCUGUGGUCACUUCAACCGACUUCAUCGUUCAGGAGACGGUCACCGAGUACGCCGGCGACCUCUACACGGUCACCUCGAGGAUGUUGUACCGGCAGCGUUCCUUCACCAACGCCACCUUCCACUGCCAGGUUCACCACGGCUCGCCGGCUCGGCCGAGCACCGUCGCCUCGGGCAGAAUAACCGCAGUGCACGAGGCAAAACCACAGUUUCAGAGGACACUCGUUCAAAUAUCCAUUCCAGACGUGAAAACUGACAAUAUUCUUCUGUGUGAGGCCACAGCAAACCCCAGGCCUACUAUAAGUUGGAAUAUCACGGGAACUCCUGUGGAGCACUGGAACCGAGAGAGAAAUGUGCUGAGUAGUCAACUGCAGCUGAACGUGAACGAUCCGGAGAGGGUCACAGUCGUCACGUGCAGUGCGUGGAACAAACACGGGCGGGGAGAGAUGACGUUCGUGGUACAGUACCGCAAAGAUAAAUUUACAAGAACGAUCGAGGUGGUCGUUGGUGUGUGCGUUGCAGGCGCCAUGCUUGUGUUGCUCAUCAUUUCAAUUUUUGUCAUCAAACGCUGUCAAAGAAAUAAGGAGAAACCUGGAGAAGCGGAAAAAUCACUAAAUCCACUUCACAAAGGCUCGGAAUGCUGUUAAUCUUAGCUGGCUGUCACAGUGAGAAGACUACAACAAUAUGCUGCCAAACCCAUGGAUGAUGACUGACUUUCGUGAGCUUUCGUCACAUAUGUCGCGCUAUGCUGUUACUUUUGAAGAUUUUUGUUGUGUGCACACAACCCUUUUUUUACGAGGUAUCAUUUCAAAGAGCACUUUAAUAUGUUAGGACUGUACUUGUGUGUAUAUAUGUUUACAGCAUCAAUAUAAACCAAACUAUAAUUGCACCGCCGUAUAGGUGAGGUUACGCGAUGCUGUCGUGGUGUAACGGUCAGCGCACCGGGCUUGCAAUCCAGAGAUCACCUGUUAUGUUCGAUCUCCCAGCGUGGCAACUGAAACAACGAGGCAAUGUCUCUUAAAUUCCCCCCUCCCCACGCACCUCCUCUGUCCACCAAGCACUAUAGAUGGGUACAGCCAAUGGGGUAAGUUGCGAGUAACUGCAAUCCCAUAUUUUCAAGAUGUCUGAGCGCACGUGGAAAAGUUAGCCAAGAUACAUUCGAUAGAGGGGUGUUCUCUCGAUUUAGACCUCCCUCUCGUGGAGUCUCGUCUGCCAGCAUGGGCUCGAGCGAGUAACUGCAGGGCUGCGCCUUUAUACGCGUGUCCGACUUGUAAGGGUUGGAGUUUGGGUUGGAUUGAACACACAGGAGUAGAUGAAGAAAUUAUUAUUUCUUUUUUUUACACAAAUAAUCUUAAUGGGCACAAUAUGUUUAUACUUACUGUAUACCGAUCAUGUAAAAUGCAAAGCUGUACUGUACUAGUAUACGCCUAAAACAUUUUAACACCUGAUAUUACCGUUCGCUGACCUGUGGUCAAUGUGUUAGAAUAGUGGCUUGUUUAGGUUGUGCAGUAUUAAACAAUUGCAGUGCAACGUCGCAUAUCCGACCGUCAUAUAUCCACCCCGACCACCCACAUCCAGUGCGGCGACGCACUGUGGAUCGUGUCACUCUUAAUUCAGAGGCUUUCUUUCACUUCAUGCGAUUCCCUGUACAUGUUGUUCUAUGUCCUUUCAAGUCACCCAUACGGGUGACUAUUGCGUGGACUGCGUGCACUCAACGUGGUUCGGGGCUGGCCGCUCGCCUAGUGCGGUGCAUUGUGGGCUGAGGUCAACUGCCCCCGAUUGGGUUUUUUGUUUAAUUUUGGAACGCAUCGACCGCGUAGGGCAAGGGAAAUCCUGUUGCACGUUCGCAAUCUCGCGUGCAUUCACUUUCUCAAGUGCGGCCGAGUUUGUUUUGCUGACGUUUCAAGCAGUCGUUAAGUCUCUCCUGCCGGGCAACGUAUGUGUGCAAGCAGUCAUUCCCUAUCGAUGUUCACGUAUGCGGUCCAGACCACGAGCUCAAACUCACUGCAUGUUUUGUGUCCUUUUUGCUCGUUAGACCACCGACUAGACCGGUUUAGGCCCCAUCGGUGCAACACAGUCCUCAAUAGGCCACCACUACCAUUUGCCUCUGUGUGUUGCCAACACGCGGAAAGGACUUUCAACUUUUCACGAUUGUGACCCCCUCUUCUUGGUUCUUUCGGUAAAGUCACGUAGAAGGGAAUAAUGAAUGAGCUCAUUCAGACGCUGUCUUUCCGACAGACCUGUUCUUCACCUGAGGACGGCUGCUUGCGUUGUGGCCGAAACGUCGUGAUAAUUAUUUUAUUAUGUUUUAUUUUUAUUAUUUUAUUAUUUCCAUUCUACGUGACUUUACCGAAAGAACCAAGAAGAUGAAUCCCUGCAGUCACGAAAGCUUUAAAUCAAAGAUUGUGACCCCUUCAGCACCUGCCCACAUGUGUAAAUUACGGGGAAAGCCCAUCACAACAGAAGCAUGAAUGCAGGCUGGAGACACGUGUUUAACAACACACAAAGGUGUGAACCAUUGUGUGUACAAAAGCUCUCCUCCUUAUCUCCUUCAAGAAUGUAACUUUUUUUCACAAAGCCACUGUGAGUCGGAUAUGCGAUGUAAUAACAGCAGUUAUAGAACAUUUAGCUUCAAAUCUAGAACAUUUGUUUCUUCAGUUUCAGUAUUCUCGUGGAGUUCUUUCUUUCAAUGCAAUCUGUGAUGUGUUUUUUUAAUUGCAAUGUACAUUAUUGACGUGAUACGUGCUGAAUUAA